AUGUCGAAUGGCCGGCCGGUGACUUAUUCUGGCAAAGAAAAAUUUGUGCUCAGUUUGAUAAUCGUCAACACUAUGGCACCUCGAUUAGCACAAGGUGCUAAAAAUAAAUUGAAAAAUGCAAAGAAAUUGAACAAAAGUGACUCCAAAACGAGUGAAGAAAAAAAAGUUGUAAAAACAGCUGUAACGAAGUUGUUCAAGAAGAAAAAAACUAAUGAAAUUGAAAAAAGCAUACCUGCGUCCAAAAAAGAACUCAUCAAGAAUAGUUUGGCUGGAAAAGUUAAAAACAAAGUUGUCAAUGUAAUAGAAGAAAUACCCGUUAAAGUUUCUAAAGUAAAAGACCGUGUGGUUAAAAAAAAGGUUGCAAAUUCAACCAAGUCAGUCGCUACAACGACAAACGUAAAUUCUAAACAGAAAUUAAAAAAGAAGAAAAAACUUGGCAAAAUCAAAGUUGAAUCGCCACUUUCACCCAAGAUGAAUGAAAAAGAAGCAAGAAAAAAGAAAUCUGUGACUAAAACAGUAAAAAAAUUAAGUGUGGUUAAAAACAGUGAAAAAAAUGUUGAUGCUGCAAAUAAUAAAAAUACUUCUACCAAAGUGAGUAGUGGAUUAACUAAGCAGCAUAAGAAGCAAAUAUCCAAGUCCACAGGUUCAAAAAAAACUAAAAAUAUCAACAAAAAAUCCCAAGAUCUAAAGAUAAGUGUGCCAGCAAAAAAAGAUAAAUCAAAAAAAAAACUUAAACUCAAUUCUGAAAAAUUAAUAAAAUCUGAAAAAAAUGAGGAAGUCAAAAUUAUGAAAUCAAAAAAAAGAAAACUAAGCGAUACGCCAAAAGAAGAGAAAAAAGUUCCGGACAAACCUCCUUCAAAAGCACAAAUUUUAAACUAUGUUAAAGGAUUUUUGAAAUAUAUUUCGAAUGAAGAGAAAAAAAAGAAACUUCUUUUGGAAUUGGAAAAACCCCCUGUAUUCUUACAAGUCACGUGCAUUAAAGUGCCCAAAGCACCACUUCACCAAAUGAGGAUGUAAUGACGGAAUAAANUGGUUCAAUUAACCGAUGAUGUAGCUUUAUUUGUGUCAGAUCUCAAAAAAGGAAGGAGAACUGAUUAUGAACCAACAGUUCGCCAUUACGAAGAUCUUUUGCGGGAAAAAGGAUGUACUGGAAUAAAGGCUGUCAUUCCAAUGAAUCAAGUCAAAACAGAAUAUAGACAGUUUGAAAUGAGGAGGAAAUUAUUGGGUUCAUAUGACUACUUUCUCAUUGACGGCCGCAUUUCUGGACAUAUGGCUCAUUUACUUGGUAAAACAUUCAAGGCAAAAAGAAAACUUCCUGUUUCAAUUCACAUAGAAAAGAAGGAUUUAAAGGCUGAAAUAGAUACUGCUCUGAGAAAGACAAGUUUGGAGAUUCAUAGUAACGGCGAUAGUUCGAUUGUUCAGAUUGGCAAAUGUUCAAUGAGCGCAGAAAAACUUACUGACAACAUAUUAGCAGUUGUGGAGAAAUUAAGUAAAGACUAUCCUGGAGGCUGGGAAAACAUCAGAUCAUUAAGAAUUAAAACUCCAACAAGUCUUGCGAUUCCUAUUUAUAUUACUUUGAAAUCCAAAAACAAUGUAAAUGUUCCUGUUCAACAACCAAAACGACCCAAAGCCUACAAAGAAGUUAGAGGAGAAUUGUCAACCUUGACAGGCAAUGUUGAAGUUAUUGUUGCACCUGAUGGUGCUGUUGCAGUUCAAAGGUUGAACAACGAUAGCGACACUGAAGAAGAUACUUCAGAAGUUGAAGAAAAACCACCAAAAAAAUUAAAAAGUGAUAAGGACGAUAAAGAUGAAAGUGAAAGCGAUUAAACAGUUGUAAAUAUAACUUGAAUCUUUUGUAAUUA